UCAACACCCAAAAAAGGUAAUAAAAAAAUAAGUCCAAAACAACAUAAAUAUAUAUUUUUUUUCUAAAAAUGGCAAUUGACAACCUCCCUAAUGCGAGUGACGAGAGCCGCCUUUCAGGCGCAUAUAUUCGUAGUCUCGUCAAGCAACUUACAACAUCAACACCUUUAAACACAAACCAAAAUUCUAACAAAAAUAAUGCUACUAACACUAUUGUUAGUGACCUAAAUCAAGCCGUGACAACAAACAACGGUCAAAAACUAGGCAUGGCUAAGCCAAACAACCACCCACAAGGCCACAAGAAACAAGUCCGAAGGCGACUCCAUACGAGUCGCCCUUAUCAAGAAAGACUCCUUAAUAUGGCGGAGGCUCGAAAAGAAAUUGUUACGGCUCUUAAAUUUCAUCGGGCUGCUAUGAAACAGGCUAAUGAGCAACGACAAAAACAACAACAACGACAAUUAGAGGGCCAGUUAGUACCUCAACAGUCGAUAUUUGAAACAAUUAAAAUUAAACAUGAAAUUCAAAAUAAUAUUGAAGUAGACAAUUUUAUGUCAAAUCCAUCGUCAUUACAUAAUAAUAGUAAUUAUAAUAAUAACUUUUGGGGUUUUUCUUCUUCAUCAUCAUUUAAUGAAACCCUAAAUAUUCCAUUACCAAAUCAAACCCUAGGGUUAAACCUUAAUUUCCAAGCUUUUACAAACUUGGACACUAAUUUUUGUCAUAGUAAUAAUAAUAUUAGUCCAAAUCAUUCAUUUUCUUCAUCAAUGUCACCUUCAUCUUCAUCUUCAUCUUUAUCGACCCCGAGGUGGGUCGAUAGGAUAUCGAAAACGACGACAACAGAUGUUAGUCAUGGGAUGCAUCCUACCCUAGAUGAAGAGGAGAUUGCAAAGAUGAGAUCAAUAGGGGAACAACACCAAAUAGAAUGGGAUGAUACUUUAGAUUUGAUGAAAUCAGCUUGGUGGUUUAAGUACCUAAAAUCGGUGGAUUUUGAUAAGGAAAUUAAAAGGGAAGAAGAAAUUUAUUCCAAUAAUAAUGAAGAAUUGAUGGAAUUUCCCGCUUGGUUGAGUGCAAAUAAUGAUCAAUGCUUUUUACAACAACAUCUUCAUGAUUCUUGCUCCGAUGACACUACUUUGCCUUGGAUGGAUAUUGGAGACAUUGAUGGCCUGGAUGAUGAGUGGUUAUCUUAACAUUUAGGUCCUUAAUUACAUGGAAUAAUAAUAGUGGAAAA